AGUCAAGGACACCAGAGUAUUGCAACCCAUCUUUGUUCUUCACUUCUGAAAGGAUGACCUCCGAUGGAUCUGAAGGUUCCCCCAAGUGCUGCUCUUCUGAGUCCUGUGGCCGGGCUUCCAGCUGUGCAUCUGCUUCCCCCUGUGUCCCCACUGCCACUGCUGGGGCUACAUCCAGAUGUCAGACGCCAGGCUUCCUGUCCAGGUCUCACCUGUCCAUCGGUUGCUAUUUGGCUGGGAGUUGUAGCAGCCCGUGCCUGGUGGGGAACUGUGCUUGGUGUGAGGACGGGGUGUUCAACAGCAAUGAGAAGGAGACGAUGCAGUUCUUGAACGACAGACUUGCCAACUACCUGGAGAAGGUUCGCAGCCUGGAGGAGACCAACGCCGAGCUGGAAUGCAAGAUCCGAGAGCAGUGCGAGCCAGAUACGCCCCUGGUGUGCCCGGACUAUCAGUGUUACUUCAACACCAUUGAAGACCUCCAACAGAAGAUCUUAUGCACAAAGGCGGAGAAUUCUCGACUUGCCGUACAGCUUGACAACUGCAAACUGGCCACUGAUGAUUUUAGGUCAAAGUAUGAGAGUGAGCUGUCUCUUCGCCAGCUGGUAGAGACGGACAUCAGUGGCCUGCGUGGAAUCCUGAAUGAGCUGAACCUGUGCAAAUCUGAUCUGGAGGCCCAUGUGGAGUCUUUGAAGGAAGACCUCCUUUGCCUUAAGAAAAGUCACGAAGAGGAGGUCAACCUGCUUCGAGGACAGCUCGGAGACCGACUCAGUGUGGAGCUGGACACUGCCCCCACCGUCGACCUCAACAGGGUCCUGGAUGAGAUGCGAAGUCAGUAUGAAACGGUGCUGGCCAACAACCGCAGAGACGCGGAAGAAUGGUUCUCCGUUCAGACAGAAGAGCUGAAUCAGCAGCAGCAGUCCAGCGUGGAGCAGCUGCAGGGCUGCCAGACAGAGAUACUGGAGCUGAAACGCACAGCCAACACCCUGGAAAUUGAGCUGCAAGCCCAGCAAAACCUGACAGAAUCUCUGGAAUGCACUGUGGCAGAAACCGAGGCCCAGUACAGCAGCCAGCUGGCCCAGAUGCAAGGCCUGAUUGAUACCGUGGAGAACCAGCUGGCAGAGAUUCGCUGCGACCUCGAGCGGCAGAACCAGGAGUACGAGGUGCUGCUGGACACGAAGGCCAGGCUGGAGUGCGAGAUCAACACGUACCGGGGCCUGCUGGACAGCGAGGACAGCAGGCUGGCCUGUAACCCCUGUUCUACAAUAUCCACUGCAAACAACACUUGUGAGCCGUGCUCAGCAUAUCUCAUUUGUACAGUUGAAAACUGUUGUGUUUGAACGUUAAACACCCAACAAUGGUAGAUGGAAGAAUGGAAGCCAGCAGUGUCUGAGGAAGGAGAUGGGCCAUCCAGACCAGAAACACAAGGUCAGAAGGCUCCCAAAUCCUGUGAGCAGCGUUGGUGUAAAUUUUAUCAUUUCCUCUCCUUUAAGCGAUUUGUGGUAUUCUUAGAGCUCAUAAAGCUUUCUUGCUAAUCUCCAAAUAAAAUGUGUCUCAUUCCUUUAACAUGUAAGUACUUGAAAACAGCCCCCUGGCCUGAGAGACUGCUGACAGAAGUUUCUGCAAUUCUUUUCUUCUUCUUCUUUUUUUUUUAAACCAGCAAUUGAACCCAGGGGUCCUUAAGUACAGUUGGGUGGCUUGUUGCCAUGGAUAUAAUAGCCACUAGAUGGCAAGAGAAUUGUCUAAACCCAGUACUGUGGUUUGAAUUUGCAUAAAAC